UACACAAAUAAAAAUAAAACUAUACAGCGAGUGAGGGCGCAAUAAAAAAACAAAAGAAAGCUUAACAAUAACCACAAAAGAAUGCACGUUACACGUCCUUCCCCGGCAAUGUUGUUGAAAAUGCCACAAGACGCCACUUGUUUGAACUGAAAAGCAAGAUUCCUCCGCAGUAUUCUAUGACUAUGGAUCCGAGCUCCAGUGCUUUGACCGCCCAGGUGUGUUUCCCGGCUGCCCGUGCUGCCGUUUUGGACAACCUCAAUCGCCAGCGAGAGGAAGGCAGACUGUGUGACCUCUCCAUCCAUGUUCAAGGGAAAGUGUACAGGGCCCACCGCUGUGUGCUCGCCGCAUCCUCGCCGUACUUCCAUGACCAGGUGUUACUGAAGAAUGUGACAUCAGUUUCCCUCCCGUCAGUCAUGGACCCAGUGGCCUUUGAGAGCGUGCUCAGCUCUGCUUACACCGGCCAGCUGAGCAUUGUCCACGAUGACAUCGUCAACUACGUCACCGUGGCCAGUUUCCUCCAGAUGUGGCACAUUGUAGACAAAUGCACGGAGAUCCUAAAGAGGCAGCGGCCCUCGGCAGACGUAAACCAGCCAGAGGCCUCGGCAGCUCAUCCUGGUAGUGCGUCCAGACAGCAGUCCCCCAGCAGCACUGACUGCUUGUAUGGCGAGAGAGAGGGAAGAAGGAAGGUGGCUAAACCGGACACUCUACCUCCUUUAGCGACAUGGAGGCGACCGCAGCAGUUUUCAAGAUGGGGCGUCUCGCGGCCCUCGUCCGCCCAGCCUGUAGCCGACUCCCAACUCGAUACCCUACCCGGCUUCGCCGAGAGCAAUUACGCCUGCUGCGAAGAGACGUGGACGUUAAAUCACAAUAAAAGCGGACACUUUGGCCACAGUAGCUCUGGUGCUGAGGGACUAAAGCAAAAACCCCGAUGUCCGCCUCGAGGAGCCCUGCAGAGCGCCGACAGACCGCUGGAUAAGAACAUGGACGGUGGCGGCGAUGGUGAUGAAAUGACACAGAAGAAGAAGAAGAGCGAGAAAAGAGCAAUUGAGGCUGAUGAGGGAGUUGGAGAAGCGGCGGUGGAGAAAAGGGAAGGCUUUGCACAAAUAAGUCACAUCGCAGACUUGCAGCCAAUGCUAAUGGAGAACGAGGACCUCAGGAGAGCGUCUGUGAAGGUGAGUGCGGAGGAUGUAAGAGAUCGAGCGCCGAGGAGCACAGACUUGUCCAGUGUUCAUGCUUGCCACAAAGCUGAGAGCACUUUGGUUGCGUCCUGCGUGGUUCCCACUCGGGUGCAGUGGCAGGCGGGUCCCUGGUCUCAGCAAGAGUCCAGGCCGCAAGAGAGAGAGGAGGGCGGUAAAUCUGAGGACGACUUUAAAUGUCUCUCAGAAGGGAAUUUCAACAGGGACACCUAUGAUGAGAUUGAAGAUGGGACGGGCCAGGUUUCCCAGAGGCCUCUCGUGCCUCCAUCUGCUGAUUUCACCAGCUCUGGCAUGCUCAUGGCAGCGAGCGGUUCGCCGUUAACCUCCGCCUCCGGUCGCCACGUGUCCCCUUCCUCCGCCACUCUCCCGCCACCUUCUUCGCCCCCCACCCCGUCCUCCUCGUCCUCCGUCACCAUGGCCGGCGCCCCGUAUUCGGGCAAGGUCCAUUUCUGUCACUGCGGAAAAGCCUUCACCCUGAAGAGCAUGCGCGACCGCCACGUGAAGAUGCAGCACCUCAACCUGCGGCCUUUCGGCUGCCCCGUUUGCACCAAGUCGUUCAAGAUGAAGCAUCACCUCACCAAGCACCUGAAGACCCACGGAGGGCUGCGGCCAUACGAGUGCGGGGCGUGCGGGAAGAAAGUCAUCUGGAGAGACAGCUUCCUGAGGCACCAAGCCAGGUGCGAGAGGGUGGCGUCCGAGGACAACAACACCAGCUCGGCUCAGGCCGACUUGGCCAACAGCUACGGUUACGCCUUCCACGGCGGGGACGCCUUUCUCGCUAUGGGAGGCCAAGUGAAAGUGGAGGAGGUGGAUUUCCACGGGGAAAUGGAGGAUGGAAUGAGCGGUUUGUUGGGAAGCGUGUCCAGGAUUGUGGAUGAGCUAAGAACUGAAAACUUAGACACAAGUGGCCAUGUUUACAAAGAGGAGGCGAGUGAAGGCUUUAGCGAGUCAAAAUAGGAUUUAUAGUCGUGUGUAUGACUUCUUCAACUAAUGCUGCACGAAAAAAUACUAUUCAUUUCUAAAUGGCCGUGCAAGAGUGCACACGCAGGGUUUCCCCUUAAGGUAAUCGAUCGUUGCGGCCCGCCACAGCAAGAUAAAAGCUUGCUCUCCUUAAUUUUUUUUUUUUUACGUGAAAACUAAUUGUGUGAAUGCUCCAAAGCAUUCACACAAUUAGUUUUCCACACCAAAAUACAUCUAUUUAUUCAACUUCUUCAACUUCUACUUCUUCUCCAGAUUUUGGCGCGCUCUACCUUCCACAUUUUUCAGCCGAUUCAAACCGUUCCAAUUUCAAACUGUUCAGCCUAUUUGGGAAUCGUUGGCUUUCCCUAGACCAUUUCCAAAAAUUCCCAGAAUUCCAUGUUUUCCGCGACAUUUUUCCCAUUCAAAAUUAAUUGGCCAUUUUUCAAACUUCAUUUAAUUUCCACAUUUUCCAACCGAGUAAAACCAUUCCACCUUCAACAUAUCCCAUUCAUCCUGGACAUUCAAACCAGUAUUUUUCCAAGUAAAAAAAAAUUCCAGGAAUUCCCGUUUUUUUCAAACCCUUUUUUGACCCUUUUUUCUGGCGACUACUCCUUCCACAUUUUUCAACCCACUUCAACCGUUCCCCCGUCCAAACAUUCCUCUUAAUUCCAGGACAAAAAACUAAGUUGUUUUUUGAACUGGAAAAAUAUCCAGUUUUCCAGAAAUUCCAGGAAUUUCUUAAUACCAUUUCUCAAUUAAAAAUGUUACUACUUCAACAUUUCUCGACCGAUUUGAAAAAUUUCAACACCAACCAUUUCAACUCAUUCAAGUUUGUUUUUUUUCACCAUUUUCAAAAAAAUUCAUACUUUUUCCGAAAUCCCCACAUUUUUUGGAAAUUCCCAUUGAAAUCAAUGGGACAUUCUUCAAAGUUCCACAACUCCCACACACAAAGGGUUCCAACUUCAAAAUAUUCCGCCUGUUUGGAAAUUGUAUGCUCUGCUUCAACAAUUCUAAAAAAAAUCCAGGAUUUCAGUUCAACGUCAGCAUUGGAGCAUUCACACGCAAUUCCUUAAGGAAUUGCCUCAUCUAGUUAUAAAGUGAUAUAAUGAAUUGUAGCCUCCAGAAGAAUAUUUGCAAAUAUGUAAAAGAUUUGCAAAUAUUAAGAGGAGAAAAAGGCUCGCAAGUGUGACGUCCGACUCUCGCUGUUUGUCAAAGACAUGGAGCGACAGAAGUAGAGUCUCUAAAAGUGAGUACAGUCUCCAAUAACACCAGAGAAAGAUGCUAGAUUUGUUUCCAGUCGUUUUUAAAAAAGUCACUGAAUGGAUUGAAGAUGUUUCUCAAAACUUUAAAAAUUCUCAACAAAGUACAAUAAGCAGUAACAAUUAAAAAAGACAAUAUACCGGUAAGAAAAAAAUACAGUACAGGCCAAAAGUUUGGACACACCUUCUCAUUUCAAUGCAUUUUCUUUAUUUUCAUGACUAUUUACAUUGUAGAUUGUCACUGAAGGCAUCAAAACUAUGACACCUGUGAAGUGAAAACCCAUUACUUCUUGAAGCUUACGAGAGAAUGCCAAGAGCGUGCAAAGCAGUAAUCAGAGCAAAGGGUGGCUAUUUUGAAGAAACUAGAAUAUAAAACAUGUUUUCAGUUAUUUCACCUUUUUUUGUUAAGUACAUAACUCCACAUGUGUUCAUUCAUAGUUUUGAUGUGACAAUCGACAAUGUAAAUAGUCAUGAAAAUAAAGAAAACGCAUUGAAUGAGAAGGUGUGUCCAAACUUUUGGCUUGUAUUGUAUAUGUUAACACCACAUAAUAAUAAUAACAGAUUGGUUUUUAAAUGUAUGUAUACAAUUUUAGCCUUUUUAAAGAAAAUAUAUCUAUCAUAGCAGAUUAUGCAAAUUAUAUGUUCGCUCAUGUUGAACACGCCCUCAGCACACCUCCAGUCACGCCCCCCACCACCACAAGUAUAUUUGCAAUCUGGGGGAAACCCUGAAAUGUGUGAAUUCCAGCCAAAAAAAUCAAGAUUGACAUUUCAGAAUAUUUUGCAGCUUUACUUUACACACAAGUCUUUUGGAGCGCCUGCACUUGCUUUCAUUCCUCCUAUGAUUAUUUUAGUGUCUUAUCCAUGUUGGGACUUUAGAUUACACAUCACAGUGUCGUGUCGCGACUCGUGCUGUACAUUCAUUGAUGCUAAUAUUUUUCAUUCUUUCAAAAACAACUUUGCACAUGUUUUAGAAAAAAAAAAGUCUGAAAUACGUUUUUGCACUAAAGGGUAAUUGAUGUACAGUAGGCUUAUUGUAAUUAAAAUAGUGGAUUUUUUUAAGUGUCACUCAAAGGCAAUGAGGGGUCAUAAUUCUGACCUGACAAUGAAGAUAUUAAGAAAAAUACUGGACCAUUUAUCCUGCAACACAUCGAAUUUGUCGGUAAUGUCACAUGGCUUAUGCAUAUGAAAUGUUACUGCACAUCCCACUCGGAAUAGCGGAGUGAAAAGAGGCGUACACACACUGGACAUUUUAUCAGGUACACCUGUGCAAGGCAGCUAGUGGAAAAAAAACAAGGUAACAAACAAUAUUGACCUAAAUAUUAGCGAGGACGAGCAUUGUUUGCGAUGUCUUGCGUUGGCUGUCGUUAUAUUGUGCAACUGUAUCUAAUGUCGUAGAGUGUUUAUUCAAGAAGGCUCUUUCUAAAGACUUAUCUUUAUUGUCCUUUUCUUCACUCAUCUUUUCCUGUGCCUUUCUAUUGGAAAGUGUCAAUGUAGUGUACGCUCACACAUCUGCCGUGGAAAUGAUUGGAAAGUGUCAAUGUAGUGUACGCUCACAUAUCUGCCGUGGAAAUGAUGGCACCUUCUAUACGUGCGAUUGUGUGUUGUCCAAAACGUGGUUGAAUAAACUAAACCUGAAACAUGACAGCGCUGUUUAUCCGCAAAGAUGAACACUAGUGCAGGCCAAAAAUUCUACAAAAUACACAAACACUUGAUUUGAAUGCCUUAGAGCAGGCUAUUUAACCAAAUUUGGCCUGGGAAUGACACCAUAUCGUCCCCUGAGGUCAGUUCAAAACUUGGGAGGCAAACAUUUUGGCAGUAAAUUCCUAAAAACACUUAGGUGGUCCUGUUGUGUAGAGGAACUCGGAC